GUGUUUAUUGUUGUUGCUACACUGUCCGUGUUUAUUAGUUUGAUAGCUGCCCGCCCAGGCUUUCGCAACCACUCUUUAUUCCGCAGGAGAGGACGGGCCCUCAAUCUAAUGAGACAUGACCUCCUCUUAGCUUUUGUUGUUAUUUAGCUACACUUCUCAAGAGGAGUUUGCCUCAUAGUUAGCUUAGCGUAUGUAGCAUUAGCAUGUAGUUAGCUUGCUAGCUGACGGCUUGCAGGCUUGAAACUUGGACACAAGUUUGUAUUCAACCUCCACCGUAUUGUUAAUUAAGAGCUGGCGAAGUGUUUUCAUGUAUCCAUAGUCAGGCUAUAGAAUAGUUCGGCGACGUUACAUGUAUUCAAAGUUUAACACAAACGUUAGCUGGGAUAAAUUUGGUCAGACGUCUUCUUCACAAGUGAGGGCUGACUUGUCACCAGCACAAGUGAUGCGGCUAUAAGCUUUAACUCGUUUUUUUUUUUUUUUUAGAUACGUAAUAAGUAAUCAUUUGAUAAAACUAUUCCUCUAACGUACACAACUGACAGUAUGUCAACUGCAUUAGCAGAGUGAAGUUGUUGCGAUUAAACAUUACCGCAACAUAUUAUCCAUUCCACCAGGCUCCUAACAGGGGACUCUUAAUGGAAUGUAAACCCUUGUAUUAAUAAUAUCAAUGUAUCAUUUUCAGAACUUUAGUGAAACCAAUGAUGCCUUUUUAAAGAGUGCUGUGUUGUGAUAAAUGUGGAAAGGUUCAGUUUGCCUUUGUAUGGGUCAGAUGUUUUUUCAUGUGCAGCUAACCAACCUGACAUCCUAAACCUCUCCAUCUCUGGGAUUCUUUGCAGUCUUUCACACCUACAGUCCAAACUGUCUGUCUGACUGCUGCCACUGUUUUUAAGCCAGCAGAAAGCUAUUGCAACAUACACUUUUGACCUAGUCCAUUCUUUGUUGAGGUAAACUUUCGUCUCUGUGGUCAUUUGGUAGACUUCUGCCACAACAUUCGUAUCUGUUGAAGGAGCUCAGUUUAGGUCAAUGGGCAUGAGAUCAUGGACGAGCCCAUGGAGGAGGGAGAGUCUUUCUCACACUGUGACGACGGGACGUAUGAGGAGAUUCCGAUCACCCACCAUGUAAAAGAGGGCUGCGAGAAAGCUGAUCCAUCUCAGUUUGAACUGCUCAAAGUCCUCGGCCAGGGCUCUUUCGGCAAGGUAUUUCUCGUCAGGAAGAUCGUGGGUCCAGAUGCUGGUCAGUUAUAUGCAAUGAAAGUUCUAAAAAAGGCAUCUUUGAAAGUCAGGGACAGAGUUCGCACUAAGAUGGAAAGAGACAUUUUAGUGGAAGUCAAUCAUCCCUUCAUAGUGAAAUUGCACUACGCCUUUCAGACGGAAGGGAAACUGUAUUUAAUACUGGACUUUCUCAGGGGAGGGGAUGUAUUCACUCGCUUAUCCAAAGAGGUUAUGUUUACAGAGGAAGAUGUGAAAUUCUACCUUGCAGAGCUGGCCCUGGCCCUCAACCACCUGCACAGCCUGGGCAUAGUUUACAGAGAUCUCAAGCCAGAGAACAUCUUACUUGAUGAAGCUGGACACAUAAAGUUAACAGACUUUGGUUUGAGUAAAGAGUCUGUAGAUGUUGAUAAGAAGGCUUAUUCCUUCUGUGGUACGGUGGAGUAUAUGGCCCCUGAGGUGGUCAACAGGAGAGGACACACACAGAGUGCAGACUGGUGGUCUCUGGGAGUACUUAUGUUUGAGAUGCUAACGGGGACAUUGCCGUUCCAAGGGAAAGACCGCAAUGAGACCAUGAACAUGAUUCUCAAAGCUAAGUUGGGAAUGCCCCAGUUCCUAAGUCUGGAAGCCCAGAGUUUGCUGAGAAUGCUGUUCAAACGUAACCCUUCUAACAGACUAGGGGCCGGGCCCGACGGAGUGGAGGAGAUCAAACGCCACGCUUUCUUUUCCACCAUUGACUGGAAUAAACUGUACAGGAGAGAGCUCCAGCCCCCAUUCAAGCCUGCAGCGGGUAAACCCGAUGACACGUUCUGCUUUGACCCCGAGUUCACCGCUAAAACACCUAAAGACUCCCCAGGUAUUCCUCCCAGUGCUAACGCCCACCAGCUCUUCAAAGGCUUCAGUUUUGUUGCUCCAAACCCUAUGGAUGAGAACAAGAGCUCCCCGCUGCUCAGCAUACUCCCCAUAGUGCAGAUGCACGGCGGUUCGACCAAGUUCUCUGAUCUUUACGAGCUGCAGGAGGACAUAGGGGUCGGCUCCUACUCCAUUUGUAAACGCUGUGUACACCGAGUCUCUGCCAUGGACUAUGCUGUGAAGGUAAUUAUAGACAAAAGUAAGAGGGACCCCUCUGAAGAGAUCGAGAUCCUGAUGCGAUACGGACAGCAUCCCAACAUCAUCACUCUGAAAGACGUGUAUGACGAGGGCAGGUAUGUAUACCUGGUGACGGAGCUGAUGAAGGGAGGGGAGCUGCUGGAUAAGAUCCUCAGGCAGAAGUUUUUCUCUGAGAGAGAGGCCAGUGCUGUGCUCUACACCAUCACCAAGACUGUUGACUACCUCCACUGCCAAGGGGUGGUACACCGAGACCUGAAGCCCAGUAACAUCCUAUAUAUGGAUGACUCGGGAAAUCCCGACUCCAUCAGGAUCUGUGACUUUGGAUUUGCCAAGCAGCUUCGGGGAGGCAACGGCCUGCUGCUCACCCCCUGUUACACCGCAAACUUUGUGGCACCAGAGGUACUAAUGCGGCAAGGUUAUGAUGCAGCCUGUGAUAUAUGGAGUCUUGGAGUUCUACUGUAUACCAUGCUGGCAGGGUACACGCCGUUUGCUAAUGGGCCAAACGACACACCAGAAGAGAUUCUUCUCCGGAUAGGAUCUGGAAAGUUCUCUUUGACAGGUGGCAACUGGGAUACUGUAUCGGACACCUCAAAGGACUUGCUGUCCCAUAUGCUCCAUGUGGACCCUCACCAGCGAUACACUGCGGCGCAGGUUCUCAAGCAUUCCUGGAUCACCUGCAGAGAUACGCUACCACACUACCAGCUCACACGCCAUGACGCACCUCACCUCGUCAAGGGAGCCAUGGCUGCCACCUAUUCAGCGCUGAGCCAGAAGACGAGUCAGCCGGUGUUGGAGCCCGUGGCAGCGUCCAGUCUAGCCCAGAGACGCAGCAUGAAGAAACUCACCUCAACAGACAUGUAGACCCAACCACCGCUCGCCCUCCAGUGUUGAACACACACACACACACACACACGCACACACCCCGACCGAAGUUCUGGCCAGUCAGACCUACUGUCUCCCUUUUUAAUCUAUUUAUUUGACUCACCCAACAUAUGCACUCUCACACUGGACGAGGUUGCAUUGUGAAGAAGUCAGCUGAAGAAGAAGAGGGGGAACUCACAUAUCAGUUACUGCUGGGGAGACAGACUUGUAUUUAUUUCCACAGCUUUCAUAUGCACUUGCCCUCCUCGCCUUUCAUUCUCUCUUCCCGCGUGUGGGGAAGAGAAACACACCAGCUGAUGUUUUCCUUCACUGUGAUUGGCUGAUUCAAAGCUGCUUCGGUAAACUGUGCCCCCCCGCCCACAGACACACAUACACUUCUCUUCAUCUGCGCUCUGCCAUCCUCCUCAGUUCUCUCCCCUUCCCUUGUUGGCUUUUGCUGUCUUAACUUCUUUUCUUUAACGUGAGGUAAUGGUUUAUGUGCGACAGUGUUGGCAGGAUUUUAAUGACUGAGGGACAUUGUAAGACUGUUUCCUUGCUUAAAAUUAAAAAAAAAGAUGAUUCUGCUUGUGGCAGAUUAAAAAAAGUCCAUCUGGAUCAAAAUCAUCUGCCAACACUUUUGUUACAUAAAUGUGUGUGUGGACAGAACCUGUAUUUCUUUUUCCCUUAAGAUGCACCGUCUGCGUGAUGCCAGAGAAUGUCUAAUAAGGGGAGAACUUCCACUCUCGGGAAAAUUCCGGGUUGGUACAAUGGGGCUAAUAGGGAGUGAACAGGCUCUCCAUAGACCGGCUCUGGUGAUGCUAACAAUGUAUCCGUAGAGGAAAAAUAAGCUGCAGAUGGACAAAAGAAGGUGGAACAUUGUGUUCACGAUGACAGAAAUUCUA